GAAUUAGUUUCCUUAUCCGUCUCCUCCGUCAACAAUCGAGCUCAAUUCCGCCAUUUUUAUUUAACCUCGAAGCUCGAGUUCCAUAUUUAGUGCGAGAAUGGAAGGCGCUCUCUUCCCCAACAGAUGCCCACUUCCAGUGAACAGACCCAUUCCACCAAAUCAAUCUUUGAAGUUUAAUUCAACGAAUCUUCCUCCUCCUCCUCCUCCUCCUCCAUCGCCGCCCUCUUCCUCAUUUCCGGUCGAUACCCUUCUUCAGCAUCUUCUUCAAUUGUCUCUGCCUCCUAAUGACACUCUCCACAAGCUCAAACAUGUAAAGGUUGGGCAAAAGAAUGUUGCCCAUUUGCCUUCUCUUCAAAUUUCAGUGGAUUCAACUAAGAAACGGAGCAAAGGGCCUCAGUUGAAGAAACCCCUCUUGAAUUCAGCUCCGGAAAUUGUGUACAAUGACGAGAAGAUUCGAGAUGGGCCUCUUCAAUUUCUCUCCAAAAAGGGUAUGUGCUUGCUUAAUUCAAUCGCUGAACAGCCUUUUGACAGCUUGAAUGCUUAUUUUGAUUCUGUCAAGUUUGAGUUGCUUGAAAUUGAUUUGGUCAGUCUCUUGAAAGCGCUAGACCUUUCGGGGCAUAGCGAGAGGGCUAUUUUGUUGUUUGAAUGGUUUGUGUCGAACUCUGUUUCUGGAAAUUUGAAACUAGAUAAUAAAGCUGUUGAACUUAUGAUAAAGAUUCUUGGAAGAGAAUCGAAAUAUUCAACUGCACUCAAGCUGUUCGACGAAAUGCCCAUUGACAAAUACUCGCUUGAUGUUCGCUCUUGCACCACCAUUCUUCACGCCUAUUCUCGAAAUGGCGAAUAUAAGCAAGCCAUUGCCAUGUUUGAUAGAAUGAAGGACAGUGGCCUUUCUCCAAGUUUGGUUACAUACAAUGUGAUGCUUGAUGUUUAUGGGAAAAUGGGUCGUUCUUGGGAUAAAAUUUUAGGUUUGUUGGAUGAAAUGAGGAGUGUAGGUUUGCAAUUUGAUGAGUUCACCUGUAGCACUGUGAUAUCUGCUUGUGGAAGAGAGGGUUUGAUAAAUGAAGCAAAAGAUUUCUUGUUUGGGUUGAAAUCAAGUGGCUAUGAGCCAGGAACUGUCACCUACAAUGCUUUACUUCAAGUCUUUGGAAAAGCUGGGAUGUAUUCAGAGGCUUUAAACAUCUUGAAAGAAAUGGAGGAUAAUAAUUGCACCCCGGACUCUAUUACCUACAAUGAGCUCGUAGCAGCUUAUGUUCGGGCUGGAUUCUACGAGGAAGGAGCUGAUGUAAUCGACACAAUGACUCGCAAAGGUGUGACGCCAGAUGCUGUGACUUAUACAACUCUCAUAAAUGCCUAUGGUAGCGCAGGAAAGGAGGUGAAGGCAUUAGAACUGUUUAACCAGAUGAAGAAAUCAGGAUGUGUUCCUAAUGUUUGCACGUAUAAUUCUAUUCUUGCACUUCUGGGAAAGAAGUUGCAGUCGGAGGAAAUGAUAAAGAUACUCGUUGAUAUGAGAACGAAUGGAUGUUCACCAAACCGAAUAACAUGGAACACGAUGCUUGCCAUGUGUGGUGAUAAGGGGAAUCACAAGUUUGUGAACCGUGUUCUUAGGGAGAUGAAAAACUGUGGUUUUGAACCCGGCAGAGACACGUUUAACACUUUGAUUAGCACGUAUAGCCGUUGUGGGUCGAAGAUCGAUGUGGCAGAGAUGUACGAUGAGAUGAUUAAAGCUGGAUUUACACCAUGUAUUAUGACUUAUAACGCGCUUCUGAACGCUUUGGCUCGACGAGGGGAUUGGAAAGCAGCCGAAUCUGUGUUCCUGGAUAUGAAGAACAAGGGAUUCAAACCUAAUGAAACCUCAUACUCAUUGAUGCUCCAUUGCUAUGCAAAAGGGGGGAAUGUGAAAGGAUUAAAGAGGAUUGAGAAAGAUAUCUAUGAUGGUCAGAUCUUCCCCAGCUGGGUUCUUUUAAGAACACUCGUUCUUUCAAACAUCAAGUGCAGAGCAGUUGCAGGAAUGGAAAGGGCAUUUGAGGAGCUGAUGAAGAAUGGAUACAAGCCCGACAUGGUUAUAUUCAACUCGAUGCUAUCAAUUUUUGCUAAAAACAACAUGUACGAACGAGCCCACGAGACGUUGCACUUGAUUCGUGAAGGUGGACUGCAACCGGAUCUCGUCACCUACAAUAGCUUAAUGAAUAUGUAUGCCAGAAGAGGAGAAUGCUGGAAAGCAGAAGAAAUCCUCAAGGGACUUGUAAAAUCUGGCUUAAAACCCGAUCUCAUUUCAUACAACACCGUAAUUAAAGGCUUCUGCAGACAAGGACUCAUGCAAGAAGCAAUAAGAACUAUGUCCGAGAUGACAGCUCGAGGGAUUCAUCCUUGCAUAUUUACGUACAACACUUUCGUGUCGGGGUAUGCGGGACGUGGAAUGUUUGCAGAGGUAGAUGAAGUCAUUAGCUACAUGAUUCAGAACAACUGCAAACCCAAUGAAGUUACGUACAAGGUCGUCGUGGACGGUUAUUGUAAAGCAAGAAAAUAUCAAGAAGCUAUGGAUUUCGUGUUCGGGAUCAAGAACAUCGACGAUUCGUUCAAUUAUCAUUCCACGCAAAGACUUGCUUCCCAUGUAAGGGAGAUGAUGAGUUCUUGAUCUCUCUAGGAGGUAUUCCUGCUUGUUUAUUUCUUUGUUCAUUAUAGAGAAGUACUUGUAGAUAUUUAAUAAUCGUACAAAACAUCAAACACCUUAGCAACUCAUUCAUAAAUGGGAGGGUUUGUCACUUGAAAUGGGCCUUGGAGUUGGGCUGUAGACAUUGAUGAAGCCCAACUUGUCCUUUCAGUUUCACAACCUCGUUGAAGAUGUCUAUUUUUGUAUUCUUUUUAUCCCUUUUACAUGUUGUGUAAGUAAGGAUAUUGCACUUAGAGGCUUCAACUCCAAAAAACCAUUUAUGUACACAUGGCUAUUUAUUGUCAUCAUCUUAUAUUGCCUUAAUAGUAUAAAGCAAAUUCCCUUUUACGAA